GAACUUCCGGAAUGUUCCUCGGUGAGGAAGGCGGCUUCAUUUAGCAGAGGCAGAAGGGAGAAGCGGAGGCAAAGUGCGCUGAAGCUGGAUGCGAGUCUCAGUGGAGAGCAGCUCCUGGACGAGUCCGUGUCUCCGCAGAGGACACUUCUUCACGGUUAUGUCUCCGUGUUCAUAUUUGCGCGUGGAAACCGUCCCGCUCCCAGCAGCCUGAGGGCUCCAGCGCGCGCGCGCCCACUUUACCGGGACCUCUGACAGUCCCGCCCUCCAGAGCAGAUGUUCUGCGGGCUGCUGAUGCCCGGUUAGUGGGAGGCUCGGAGGCAGAUGCUGAACCGGGAGAAGAAGGAAGAAGAAUCCGGGUUCGUGCUCGAUCUGGGCUCUCUGCCCCACGCCGCCAGCAUGUUCAGCUGCGUGGGCUGCUUCUGGGUGCUGCUGUCCUCCGCUCUGGUCGCCGUCUGUAGCUUCAGCUUCAUCUCUCCCGCCUGGAUUGUUAAGGAGCAGCCGAGGAGCGGCCACCAGCAUCCCCACCCGCACGCGGCCGACAAGGGCUCGGUCAGCUUCGGCUUGCUGUGGCACUGCUCCGAGUCUCUGGACCGCAUGUACCGCUGCUACACCUUUGGAGGACUGGGCAGGUUUGCUGAGAUCCCCUCCAGCUCCUGGCAGACCAGUGCGGUGCUGUGUUCGGGAGGGUGUGCUCUGCUGGCAGUCAGCUCCCUCUUGGCCAUUAUCACUGUCUUCCUUCCCAGCGGAGGAUGUGAGAGGAGGGCCUGCACCCUGGCUGGAUACAUGCAGAUGGCUGCAGUUUUCAUCAUGGCUGCAGGACUGCUGAUCUACCCUUUCGGCCUUAACUCCUCAUUGGUCCGCUCCUUCUGCGGAGACUCCGACAUCUACCACGCCGGCGAGUGCCAGAUCGGUUGGGGCUACAUGCUGGCGAUUGUCGGAGUCAUGCUCACUGUUUUCUUGCCCUUUUUUGCCAAAUAUGCCCCAAAGGAGCAGCUGUCGCCCACCCCUUUGCCCACCCUGUUAUAGUUCCACCUCCUAACGUCCUGAUGAGAACGUCUCAGUUUAAAAAGCAAAGUUAGAGCUGGAAAAAAAGCUGCAAACUCUGUCUUCCUGCAUCAAGAAAAUGAAUCGAAAAGUAAUAUUCUUUUUGUUAUUUAGAUUUGACUUAUCUGUGAUUUUCAUGUCUGUUUAGGAGACGAUGCAGUGAAGAGAAAUUUGUGAAAAAGCAGACCCUUUAAACUGGGUCAAUCAAACCAACUGGAAAUUCUCCUGAGCAAAAGGUGGAAGUGUGGCGUCACACGGCCUUACGGCUCCGUCUGAUGAUGUAUCAGUUCUAUCGAGAGGCAAUAGAACCACCAACGGCUAGGAACAUUUCUGGAGGAGUAUUAACCCUAAAGGAGCUAAAAUCGUCUCAGUACGAACCGGAUGAAGCAGCAGAUCCGUGAUGUUUUAUAAAAUGUACAGAUGGAAGAACUCGGAGGCGAAGAAGAACCAGUGCGAGUCAGGAAGACUUUCACAGACACUGGAUUCACAAACUGUCACCAUGGAACGGACAUGCGGUGCAACAGCAGAACUGAAAACUGCCUCCAUCUCAGGAGAGCAACGUCUAAAGAAAAAAAAAAAAGUUGGGAUCCAACAUGUGUUUCUCUGUUUUCCAAGAUUUGUUUGUGCAAUGUCUUUUGCUUGUUUCUUUCUGUUCAUAACACAAGAACUAAACACUGUAAUUCAGGAAAAAAAGUAAAGUUAGAGCAAAAGGCAGGGAAAUGAAGAAACUGAAAUGCAUGAUGGGAUGGGCUUUGUUAGCGGUAGAACAAUUGAGCUAGAUUUUAAAUGUGAUCUGACCACAUGUGCCUUCUAACAUAACCAAGACGUGAUUCUGAUAACUAAUCAGGUUAUUUUCUGCUGAAAAACUGGCUGCCGUCGUGUGAUGUUUCAUCUUUUCUCCCACGUUGCUCCUGUCAGCAGUACAGUGUUUCCUUACUUGAUGCAGUACGACCUCUAGGAGUUGAGAAGAUUUUGAGGAGAAAAAAAUGGUCAUUUGUGGAGAGGAAAGUAAUGUUGGUGUGUGGGACUUUCCCCUCUGCCUUUAUGCCAUUAGUCCAGAAAACCGCAGUUUGACUAAGUUGAUGACAUGCAUGUUAAUGCUAAUCUUUGCCUUGUUCAUUUAUGCUUAACGCACAUUCUGUGAAGGAAAAAUAUUUAUCUCUACUAGAUCUUUACGUUUACCCACUGACAAUAAAUUGAAUAAAUAAAUAAGAAUGUGUUGAAUUGGUCAAAGUUCAACCUAGUUUAACUUUCAACACGUGAUUGAUGGUCAUAUUUUUUGUACAUACAGGAUGAAAUCAGUCGUAGAAACUUGUGUCCGUGUGAACCGAGUUUUAAUCAUGAAAGCCUGAAACAUUUAUGUGGAAUUUUCAUUAGAAGUGGCUGCUUGAACGCACGUUACAGAGGUUGAUAUGAACUUAGUUUUAAAAUUUGUGUUAGUAGGAUUGUAUUCUUUUUAAAUUGGCAGCUGGAUCGGUGGGUGGACCCAACAACACUUAACUUUGUCCUGCCCAGUUUCCCAAUGUCUGCACAAAAUAGACAAAGUGAAGUCCAGUCAAUGUACUAUCCAGGGUUUUUUUUUGUAUCAGAUAAUCCAGAGGGAGUUUUUUUUUCCUCAACAAGUAAUUAAGAUUUUGUUGCUUAAGUUUAGCAACUCGAACGUCCACCAUACAUACAUUUUCUGUAGGUCUGAAGACCAACUCUAUCCCAGAGCCUUAGUUUGCUCCCUAAACCAUUUUGUCGACUUGGACUUUGUUGGCGUCCCUGUUAUAUUUAACAAAACUCACCCAGACCAAUUUUUAAAGUAAAGGCGGUUCUCCACGACACAUUUCUCCUCUGAAUCCCUCAGAUGUUCAUUUCUAACGUCUUAUUGGUUUGUCUGUGUGCUCUCUUUAGGGGGCGGGGCUUCAAUCCUUCAAAGUGUCAUUUGUUUUCUGGCCAUUGUGCCUUCAGCUGCUUCAGAUCAUUGACAGGAUCUGCCUGUUGAAUUCAACUUCACAAAGGGAUGAGAAUAAAUCCCACACUGAGGGCAGAUGGACGAGUUGUUUGUGUAUUAAUGCGAAUGAUAUCGUCUUGCCAAACCACUUGGAUGGUCUCGUUGCUCAUUUCAGACUUGAGGAGGUAUCCUUACAUCCUAGUAGAAAGUUGACUGAUAACACUUGAGAACAUGAGUCUCUAGAAUAUUAACUAGCACUCGUUUAUCUCAGCUCAAAUGUUCCUGAUUGGUGGAACAUCAAAUAAAGUAUCACUUUCUGUCCAAAUAAUCAUUUAAAUGAUACAUUUGUCAGUGGAAAAGCAUAAAAAUCAGUGAGGGAUACAUGUUUGUCUCUUCUCUUGUUAUCUAAAGGAGCUGGAUUACUCAAAGAACUAACUUCCUUGUUUUGGGGGAAUGAGAGAACCAAUCCUUUGCUCUGUUUUAGGCUAACGCUUUGACGUUUUUGUUGACCAGUUUCUUCUUUUUGAACCCUUGCUGUCAUGGUCCUCUCUCUUUACUCUUCUUGUACACUGCCAAUUUCAUGAAGCCUGACUUCCUCUUCAAGUGGAUGUUUGUGUGCGUAUUUGUAAAAAAAAAAAGGAAUGAAAAAAUAAAAAACCAUUCUGGUUUAAAGUUUACAGAUGAAACUUUCCAUGAUUCCAGGUUUUGGGUUUCCAUAGCGACAUGUCCUGACAAAUGUUGCCAUAUUUGAGAGCCGAUCCAGAGAGGAGUAUUUGGUGUUGUAGUGGACCUCAUUCUGUGUGGCUGUGUGGGAACGGCGGCGGCGGCGUGGCUGCAUCGGCUCGUCCUCCUGUUUGUUGACCUGUUGUGCGUAAAGUCUCAGCACUGGUGAAACCCUUUUGAUAGACUAGAAUUAUUAUUUUGCUUUUCUUUUUAUUGUGAUGUUUGACUGUAAAUAAACUGUUCUUGAUAUCAUGUUA